AUGGAUAACGCAGGCAAAGUGAAAAAGACAAGAUACAGAGUCCCAACAGUUUGUACUGUUUGCCGUCGUCGUAAGAUGAAGUGUGAUAAGGCAAAACCACAUUGUUCAUCAUGUGUUAAGAAUAAUACUACAAAUCUAUGUGUUUAUGAAGAACAACCUUGGGCUGCUAACACUGACCAACAAAAGUUGAAGGAUCAAAUUUUCCAAUUACAACAACAAAAUAAUGAACUAAAAAGAUUGUUGAGUUUUAAUGCUAGAAACAGUCAAAACUUUAGUAGUGGCUCAAGCCUCUCUAGUGAGAGCCCCUUUAGCUCAAAUUUCAAUUUCAUUCUACCUGAUCAACCUGUUAAUGAUCCUGUGAUGGAAUUGACUGAAGAUUUUGACUUAUUGUUGUUGAAAGAAUCCAAAAUGGCACAUUAUGGGUCAACGAGUUAUAUGGCUGCAGUUUCAAAAGAUCCAAUUUUGAGAGAUAUCAUGAGUAGAUACUUGGAACAACAAAAGAUGGGUAUCAAUUUCGAUAAAUUUUUUCUUUAUGAUCAACAAAAUUUUGCUACAAUUGAAGAUAAUUGUCAUGUGGUUGGUAUGCAUACUGCUAAUGGUACAAGUGUCUUUGAAACAAAUUUGAACAAAGAUCACCAAGAAUUAUUGAAAUUAGUCACUGAAAUACUACCACCUCUUCAUAUAAUUGAAGCAUUAGUUGAUCAUUUUUUUAAGGAAACCUAUGUUUUUAUUCCAUUUGUCGAUGAAGAUGCAUUUAGACAAAAUAUGAAGGAAAUGAUUACUACAAAUGAAUCUGGAAAGAUUGAAUUAAGAUUAAAAAACUUUACGCUAUUAGCCACUGUUUCCCUCUUGUUAUGUGUUUUAAGAUUCUCGUUCAUUUCAUUACCAAUUCAAAAACCAGAGCAAGUCAAAGAUCUAAAUGUCAAAAAGAUUUUGAAGAGUGGUGUUCAAAUUGGUCCAAACUUUAUCGAAUAUGCUAAGGCUUGUAUGGCAAAUGCAAGUGUUCUAAGAAAACCUACUUUGAAACAUAUCACAGCUUUGUUGGUUCUAAGAUUAUACAGAUUUUAUGCCCCAGAGGAUGGUGAUGAAAGUACAGAUUCCACAAUUUUCUUAGCUUUGAUUGUUCAAAUGGCUAAAAUGCAUGGCCUACAUAGAGAUCCUUCAAGAUUUUCUAUGGUUACCUCACAUUCAACUAUUACGAGUUGGAGAAAAAUAUGGUAUCAAUUGAUGUACCUCGAUGCUGUUCAAGCUUUACAAUUUGGUUGCCCUUUGUUAAUUGAUGAUGAAUAUGAUACUUUAGCUCCAGCUGCCAAUCAUAGUGAUUCACCUUUGGAAAAAAGUUGUAUUAAUGAUUUGAAAAAUCAACAUGAAGUGACAUUACUUGUUAGGGAUUUAGUGAAGUCUUGUUCAAAAAUCAAAACACACCCAAAGAGAUCUGAAUUAGAAAUGAAGAUCAAAAAUGUUGAGUUUUUAUUGAUGAAACAUCGUUCAUUAGAAGAUUUGACAGAUUUUGAAAAUGAAUCAAGUCAGUCAUUCAUUACAAAAGCUGGCAAAAUUCGUGAAAUGACUUGCAAACUUCAACUUUAUGCUGUUCAUUAUAUUUCUUAUUAUCUUUUGUUACUAACGUGUGAACCUCAUGAGAUUCGUUUGAUUCAAAGAUUUUCAAAUGCUGUUAGUGAGUCAGCUUUAAUUUUAUUUAGACUAUGUCAUGAAUAUUCUAAAGAUCCAGCAAAAUUCAAUCAAUCGUUGUAUUUUGAAUCAUUUUUAUCAGCUUCAAUCUUUGAUUCAUCAAAAAGACUUUUACAAGCGCUUUCAUCAUUAUGUGUUCGUGAUUUGUCGAACAUGUAUAGUUUCCAAAUUGCAUUAGACAAUUUUGUGUUGGAUGAUGCAAAAGGCUUAACAGAAUGGCUACAACCACCAGGAACCGAAUUAACUGUUGGUGAACAAUUAUUGAUUCGGAUCGAAGAAUUUACACAAGCUUGUGCAAGGUUAUCAAACAAGUAUUAUAUCUGUUGGAGAAUUACUUAUGUUCAAAAAUUAUUCAGUGAUUACUUGGAUUAUCAUUAUCCUGGUCGUCUACAAGAAUUACAUGAGAAAGCUAAAAGAUGUGAGAAUGCUGGUAAAUUUGGAGUACAAACUGAUGGAGCUAUCAAAGAUGUGGAAAUGGGGUUCCCAGAGAUUGACCCAAUCACUAACAAUUACUGGGGUCAAUUUGUUGAUCCAGGAAACCAAUCUCAAUUUGAUUACUUAGCACCAGACUUGAAUAAAUUUGAUGGUAUCGUUGACCCAUUUUUGAGUGAUGCUUAUUUGGGUGGUAAUUUCAAUUUCCAAGAUUUUGAUUCAAUCUUUGCAGCCACCACAGCAGGUUCAGGUUCAGGUUCAGGCUCUACCGGUGUCAGUUCAAAUUCAAUUCCAACAGAUGAAGUUAGUCCACAAAGUGAUUCAAGUAAUCAAACAGAUAAAAGUAAAAAUGUUGAAAACUUUAUUUAUGGUCCAGAUGGUAAUUUACAAGAGAACAUGUCAAUGAAGGAUAUCACAAUGAGUCCAGCUGUUAAUGAUCACGACUUAGCAAUGCAAGUUGCUCGUUCAAUGUUUGGUGGAAACGGUGGCUACAGCUCAGGUAGUAAUGGGCCAUUUUAG